AUGGGAAAUGCGCAAGGAGGUAUGAACAAUAACCCUUACGGAUUUUUGGGUAAAAAAGACGACAAAGAUAAAGGAAAGGACAAGGAGAAGAAAAAACUUGAAAGUGCUCCACCUUCACAUAUAGGAAAAAGAAAAAAAAAAAAAAAAGGAGCUCCGGGACAUUCUAAAUUACCUAACGUUACACCUAAUACUAAGUGUAGAUUAAAAUUACUGAAAUUAGAGAGGAUAAAAGAUUAUUUGUUAUUAGAAGAAGAAUUUAUAACAAAUCAAGAACAGAUAAAAACUACUGAUGAUAAAAAUUAUGUAAAAUUAAAAAUAGAUGAUUUAAGAGGGUCCCCUAUGAGUGUUGGUACGUUGGAAGAGCUAAUAGAUGAAAAUCAUGGAAUUAUAGCUACUUCAGUAGGUCCUGAAUACUAUGUAAAUAUUUUAUCAUUUGUAGAUAAAGAUUUAUUAGAACCAGGUUGUUCAGUUUUAUUAAAUAAUAAAACUAAUAGUGUAGUUGGUAUAUUAUUAGAUGAGGUUGAUCCAUUAGUAUCAGUUAUGAAAGUAGAAAAGGCUCCUUUAGAAUCAUAUGCAGAUAUUGGAGGGUUAGAGUCACAAAUACAAGAAAUUAAAGAAGCUGUUGAAUUACCUUUAACUCAUCCAGAAUUGUAUGAAGAUAUUGGUAUUAAACCCCCCAAGGGAGUAAUAUUAUAUGGACCCCCAGGUACAGGAAAAACUCUGUUAGCCAAAGCUGUGGCAAAUGAAACCUCAGCUACGUUUUUAAGGGUAGUUGGUUCAGAAUUAAUACAAAAAUAUUUAGGAGAUGGACCUAAGUUAGUUAGAGAAAUGUUCAAAGUUGCUGAAGACCAUGCACCAUCUAUUGUUUUUAUAGAUGAAAUUGAUGCAGUUGGUACUAAAAGAUAUGAAGCAACUAGUGGAGGAGAAAGAGAAAUUCAAAGGACAAUGUUAGAAUUAUUAAAUCAGUUAGAUGGUUUUGAUUCAAGAGGGGAUGUUAAAGUUAUUAUGGCAACAAACAGAAUCGAUUCGUUAGAUCCAGCUCUUAUUAGACCAGGUAGAAUAGAUAGAAAAAUACAACUUCCAAACCCUGAUACCAAAACGAAAAGAAGAAUUUUUCAAAUUCAUACAAGUAAAAUGACCAUGUCCCCAGAUGUAGAUUUGGAAGAAUUUGUUAUGUCAAAAGAUGAACUAUCAGGUGCAGAUAUUAAGGCUAUAUGUACUGAAGCAGGUUUGUUAGCCUUAAGAGAGAGGAGAAUGAAAAUUACACAAGUAGACUUACGAAAGGCCAGGGAUAAGGCACUAUUCCAGAAGAAGGGAAACAUCCCGGAGGGUUUGUACUUGUGA